AUGUGCGGCGGGCAGCCCUCGUCAAGCGUGUACUUUCAGGGUGCGUCACAGAAACUUCUACCGACGAUCGCACAUCGACAACAGACCGCAGACACUGGUGUUUUGCAGGUCGCUCCAACCACCGUCAAACUGGCUGCGUCCACAUUCGUCGACGCAUUGCAGGAUACUCCUGCCGAAAUCUGGCAACGCGCUCAUCUCUGGUUCAGCGAACAAGACAGCUCUGUCCUUGCUGCCAUCGCUCUUACUGCCAUCGCCUUGAUCAUGUCGUGGUCAUCUCGCUUCGGCUCCUGGUCUGGACGCUUCUCGCCUUUUGGUCGUUCUGGAGGGUCGGCACAGGUCAAAGACUCGGAUUACAGCUACAUCACCCAGGACGAUCUGAACAAAGCCGAGCAAACAGAUGCCUCGCCCGCUUCCUCCGGUCCGCCUAGAGACACCGAUGUCCUGGUUCUCAAGAGCAAGCGCAUCAGCUACCCCGUCCAUUUCCCUGCCUACUCGAUCGAGAAGGGCGAAUUGAAAGUCAGAUCCGUCAGAGAGCAAGCCGCCAAANAGACUGGCGCAGAUGCGCGACACAUCAAGCUCUUUNUCAGAGGCAAGAAUAUGAAGGAAGAUGCCAACUCAUGCCGCACCGAAGGUCUCAGGCAUAACAGCGAGAUCAUGUGCGUCGUUGGAGACGCUGUCCCCGAGUCCAUGAGCUCGAGUGAUUCGGAAGACGAAGAAGCGACCGCCGACGGUGCAGAUGCGCCAAAGAGGAAACGCAACCGCAACAAGAACAAGAAGAAGAAGUCCAAGAAGUCAGCAACACCUCAGACCGAUACUUCGAGAACACAAUCGCCCCGUCCGCCGCCUGCCCCGGUCACACCCAUGGACAAAUUGAAUGCUGUUAACACAACUCUCCAAACCCUGCUGCCUCAGUGUGUUCAAUUUAUGGCCAACCCUCCCACUGACCAGGCAAAGAAGGAUUUCGAGCACAAGCGUCUUAGUGAGACUGUACUCGCUCAGGUCCUUCUCAAACUGGAUGGUGUCGACACCGAGGGCGAUCCUGAUGCAAGAGCGAGAAGAAAAGAACUAGUCAAGGAGGCUCAGAAUGUGCUCAAUGGCCUGGAUGAAAAGAUCAAGUCGUGA